AUGAGUACGAUAUUUACAAGUGAAGAGAGAAAACAAAAUGGUUUAUCUCUACUAGAAAAAUAUAAUGGAAUUGAUGAUGAAUGUUUUGAAGGAAGUAAUGAUCUUGUUGAUAUUAAUAUACCAACAACUAUUGAGUGGAUAGGAGAGAAUUGUUUUAAAGAAUGUACAAAAUUAACAUCAGUUACUAUUCCAACAACAGUUACUGAAAUAGGAAAUAGAUGCUUUAAAGGUUGUUCAUCAUUAGUAACAAUUAACAUACCAUCAUCGAUUAAUAAAAUAAGGUAUGAAUGUUUUAGUGAAUGUACAUCGCUUGUUUAUAUUAAAUUCCCAACAUCAAUUACAUCAAUAGGAAAUGAAUGUUUUAAGGAUUGUUACAAUCUAAAGAAAAUUAAUAUACCUACUUCAAUUAAAGAACUUGGAAUUAAUUGUUUUAAUGGAUGUUCAUCAUUAAGAAGUAUUGAAAUACCAACAUCUAUUAGCAUAUUACCAAUUAAUUGUUUUAAUGGAUGUAAGUCAUUAAGGAACAUUGAAAUACCAAUAUCAAUUAGUGUAAUACCUAUCAACUGUUUUUGUGGAUGUACAUCUUUAACAUCAAUCACUUUACCAUCAUCAAUUAAUAAAAUAGAAGAAACUAGUUUUGGAAAUUGUUCAUCAUUAAUGUCAAUUAACAUACCAUCAAAAAUUAUUGAAUUAGAAUCUACUUGUUUUAAUGGCUGUAAUUCAUUAACAUCAAUUAAUAUAUCUACAUCAGUAAAUCAAAUAGAGAGUUGGUGUUGGUUUAAUGGAUGUAUGUCAUUAACAGCAAUCACAUUAACAACAAGAGUCAAGAGAAUAGAAGAAUAUUAUCAAAAAUAUAAAUCAUUAAAAUCAAUAAGCAUCCCUACAUCAAUCAAUGAAUUAGGAUAUGGGUAUUUUAAAGGAUGUACAUCAUUAACAAGAAUUGAUAUUCCAACCACAGUUAAUAUAAUAGAAACAGGUUGUUUUAAAGGUUGUUUGUCAUUAGGUUCAAUCAAUAUUCCAUCAUCAAUCAUUAAAUUAAAAGAAUGGUGUUUUGAAGAGUGUACGUCAUUAACAAGAAUUGAUAUUCCAACCACAGUUAAUGUAAUAGGAUGUAGUUGUUUUAAAGGUUGUUUGUCAUUAGGUUCAAUCAAUAUUCCAUCAUCAAUCAUUAAAUUAAAAGAAUGGUGUUUUGAAGAGUGUACGUCAUUAACAAGUAUUAAUAUACCAUCGACAGUUAAUGAAAUAGAAAUAGGUUGUUUUAAAAAUUGCUUGUCAUUAAAAUCAAUCAAUAUUCCAUCAUCCGUUAGUCAAAUAGGAGACUGGUGUUUUGAAGAGUGUUCAUCAUUGACGUCAAUUACUAUACCUACUUCAGUCAGCAAACUAGGACUUGGCUGUUUUAAAAAUUGUUUGUCAUUAAGAACAAUCACAAUACCAUCAUCAAUUAGUGAAAUAGGAGAAUGGUGUUUUGAAGGUUGUACGUCAUUGACAAGUAUUAACAUACCAACAGCCGUUCAUGAAUUGGUAAAAGAGUGUUUUAAAAAUUGUUCGUCAUUAACAGAAAUUGAUAUACCAACAUCAGUCACAUCCAUUGGGGAAAGAUGUUUUUUGGGAUGUCCAGAAGAGUUAAAGAAGAACAAAGUGAUUAAAAAGUUAUGUUAUGGUAGUUGUGUUAUAGUCUAA